UGUAGGGCGAAUUAUACAUUUAUACGAACUAACAUUGUGAUACAGACGUGAACCUUAUUAUAGGAAACUAGUGUUGUUAUAGGAAAAACUACGUUUGUAGUAUAAAGGAUAAUUUGUGGUCGACGAUUAAGUUGCUGUAUAUAGUUACCUGAAUCUGGUGUUUGUAUUACGUAUUAAUUAGAUGAACAGUAUAGAACGUGCCUCAUGGCUGCAGUGACCACUGGUACCAGUGAAUGAUGAUGCUCCGUGUGUUCCUGCUGAUUUGCGCGUGCGCGAGUGUGUUAGCUAUGCCGAGUGCUUUUAGUAAAGACCAAUCGCUAGAAAACGAGGUCCACUCAUACAACUUUCCGUUCGUGACCCGAAAACAAUGGAAGGCCAGGUCUCCUGUGAAGAAGACGCCUCUUCAGACACCAGUACCUUUCGUGGUGAUCCAUCAUUCCUACAUACCAGCAGCCUGCUAUGAUAAGGAACAGUGCUGUGCUGCCAUGAGGAGUAUGCAGAACUUCCAUAUCGAUGAUCGGGGGUGGUGGGAUAUUGGUUACAGUUUCGCGGUAGGCAGUGACGGUGCAGCAUACGAAGGCCGAGGAUGGGAAACGUUGGGUGCGCACGCGCUACAUUUCAACACCGUCAGCAUUGGCAUCUGUCUCAUCGGAGAUUGGAGAUUUGAAGUCCCUCCAGCUGAGCAAAGGAAGACAGCUAUGGCGUUAAUCGCAGCCGGGGUAGAACUUGGCUACAUCAAGCCUGAUUACAAGCUCGUUGGUCAUCGCCAAGUUCGAGCCACCGAGUGUCCGGGAGACGCACUCUUCAACGAGAUCAAAACGUGGGACCACUACUCUCCUUUCCCUAACUCACAUUUAGAUUUACUUAGUGUUGAAGAGAUACCAGACUUUGUGAAAGAGGCUAUUAGAAAUAACGGUACUGUGCCGGUUUAAUGUAAGAUUGUAGUUUUAGGUCAAUUAUAUUGUUAGGUUACCUAAGUACCUUUAUAUUUCUUAUUAAGAAAAAUCUUAUUUUAGUUGUUCAAAAAUUUUAGAUUCAAUAAAUUUUAGCGAUAUUUCUAUAGCCAGUCUAGGAAUAGUAUUUAAUACUCUCUCUGUAUAAUAAUGUAUACAUUAACCACGCCAUAAUGAUAUGUAAAUGCCACAGUAAUAUGGUGGGAUAAUAAAUUUGUCUUAAAGUUUUAAAUGCUUCACCACACUGUAUCGUUCAGGGUAUUGUAUUGUUAUGAUGUAAGUUAUUUUACAGAUGAUUUACAGAUUUACAAUGCGUGUCUUUUUUGUUCUAACCUAUUCUACCUCAUUGUGUGAAGAGAACUGUACUGAGGAAUUCAUGUUAACUCUGUCGUAUACUUAUUUAGGUAGCGCGUACUGCAGUAUAAUUUUCUUAAACUUUAUUCUGCUUUUCUUUAAAAUUGUAAAUAUAUUUUUAAGUAAAAAUAUCACCUCUUAAUAUGAAAUAUGACUUGCGCAAGACGGCUGGCAGGAGCUGGAUGCGAGUAGCCGAAAAUCGAUCUCAGUGGCGUGCACUUGGAGAGGCCUAUGUCCAGCAGUGGACUGUGAUAGGCUGAUGAUGAUGAUGAUGAUGAUGAUGAAAUAUUUUAUACAAAUGAUACCUAUGUAUGUAGAUACGUAAGUCUGUGUAUUAAUUAAAAUAAGUGUAUAUGUUUAUUAUUAUAUAAGUGUGUAUUCAUAAUUAUUUAGUUCAAUAUCAUAUAUAAUUGCUUAUUCGUCCUAUAUCAGUUCCUGUAACUCAAUUACGUAGGCAUGUUAAUGUUAAUUAGAUAUAUAAUGUAAAUAAAAAACAAAACGAUUGUAAAUAAAUCUUUAUUAAUUAGGUAAAUAAAUGUUUUAUUUUCGUUAUCUAUUCUUGGGAACACUUGGCGCUUAUCUUGACGUAAUUUCCAUUCAUAAGCAAAAGUUCCUCAGAACUGGGAUUUUACACAUUUCAUUCAGAAAGCUGUUUAUAAGAAUUAUGAUAGACGCUGUUUUACGUAGAAGUAUACCCCAAGGGUUGGCCGAAGUCUGUAAGAAUCCGGCACCCCCUCAAGCUACACCCAAUAGGAGGGGUCAUUUGAUAAUUUACAUCCAAAAAAAUACCAACAGGCACUGAGAUCUAGUUUAUCCGCUAUGACGUUGAAGUAGUGUAUAGUCCCUUUAUCUAAUAGGUGAAGGGCGUUAACCUAUAUAUUAUAAACAAUACAUGCAAUGUACGUCAUUCGAGUUUACAAGUACAAACAAUACUGUUACCCUACUAUUAAUUUACAACUACUUACCUACUGAAUAAGUAUCAAUAAGAACACUCAUUCAUCAACAUUUAUAUAAGUGCAAUAUUUUUCUCCUUUUUAUGUACCUAAAUUAUUUAGUUUGGAUUAUUAGUUCUUUAGUUUAGUUAUCUUACCAAUUAUUACAAAAAUUGCGUAACUUUCUUAGUAAUCUUGUGGGGCUAACAAAUUGAAUUAGGUUCAAUAUAUUUAUAUUACUAGCUGUUUC